GCUCAGAGGGCUCGCGCUCGGCUCGCGGAGGAUGCGUUGACGCUGAGCAUUUAACCGACAGCGGCUGUCUCGAGCAUCCCUCGUUGGCACCGCGGCGGACGCAGAGGGGGACGACGGAGCGGAGGAUGCGGGGGACGUGCGGGAGGAUGACGGACCGAGGCGCCACGGCUACGCGCUGUUUUCUCUGGAGCCUGGUUCUCUGGUCGCUCUCGUCGCGCGCACAAGGUUUUAUCUACACAUGUGGCGGUACGCUGAAAGGCAGAAACGGCACUAUUGAGUCGCCGGGCUUUCCCUACGGCUAUCCCAACGGGGCCAACUGCACCUGGGUCAUCGUCGGGGAGGAAGGAAGUAGAAUCCAGCUCAUCUUCUUGUCGUUCGCCAUAGAGGAAGAAUAUGAUUUCCUGUCCUUGUACGAUGGACAUCCCCACCCUGCUAACUUCAGGACCAGGAUAACAGGCUUCCAGGUCCCUGCCCCGGUCACGAGCACGGGGAACGUGUUCUCGUUGAGGCUGACCAGUGACUUCGCUGUCUCCGCACAUGGCUUCAAACUCAACUACGAAGAACUUCAAAGUACAUCCUGUGGAAACCCGGGUGUCCCGCCCAAAGCAGUGCUGGGUGGUGGUGGACGUUUCGCUGUGGGGGACCAAGUGCGGUACAGCUGUGUCCCUGGUUAUGUCUUGGACGGCCACGCCACGCUCACCUGCACCACCAAUGCUGGAAACACGGCCGUGUGGGACUUUCCUGCUCCGAUAUGUCGAGCUGAGGACACAUGUGGGGGCACUGUGAGGGGCGGCAGUGGGGUGGUGACCAGUCCCGGUUACCCCGGCAACUAUGGUAACCAGGCCGACUGUACUUGGAUCCUAUUGGCCGAACCUGGAGACACCAUCUCUGUCAUCUUUACAGACUUCCAGACAGAGGAGAAGUACGACUACCUGGAAGUGGAGGGAUCCGAACCACCAACCAUUUGGUUGUCGGGCACUAAUGUCCCAUCCCCCGUCGUGAGCAGCAAGAACUGGCUGCGGCUGCAUUUUGUGACCGACGCCAACCACCGCUACCGUGGUUUUAGCGGACAUUACCAAGUGAAGCGAUCGGUAGAUUUUAAAUCGCGGGGCGUUAAAUUAUUCCCUGGCAAAGACUCCGGCAACAAGUUUUCAAUAUUAAAUGAAGGUGGUGUGAAACAGGCGUCCAACUCCUGCCCUGACCCCGGAGAACCGGAGAACGGGAAACGCCACGGCAGCGACUUCAGCCUUACCAGUGAGGUGCACUUCACCUGCGGAGAAGACUACGUUCUCCAGGGCAGUAAAACUAUCAGCUGCCAGAGAGUGGCUGAAGUCUUCGCAGCCUGGAGUGACCACAGACCCGUCUGCAAAGUGAAGACGUGCGGCAGCAAUCUUCAAGGUCCUUCAGGAACAUUUACGUCUCCAAACUUCCCGAUUCAAUACGAGAGCAACGCGCAGUGUGUGUGGAUCAUCACCGCCUCAAAUCCCAACAAGGUGAUCCAGAUCAAUUUUGAAGAGUUUGACCUGGAGAUAGCCUACGAUACUCUGACUAUAGGAGACGGAGGAGAAGUUGGAGAUCCUACAGCUAUACUGCAAGUCCUCUCGGGCAGCUUUGUCCCCGACUUGAUCGUCAGCAUGACCCACCAGAUGUGGCUCCACCUACAGUCGGAUGAGAGCGUUGGAUCGAUAGGAUUUAAGAUCAACUAUAAAGAGAUAGACAAAGAGAGCUGCGGCGACCCCGGGACUCCCCUGUACGGCGUGAGGGAAGGCGACAGCUUCUCAAAUGGCGGAAUCCUACGAUUUGAGUGCCAGUUUGGCUUCGAGCUGAUCGGAGAGAGGACCAUCUCCUGCCAAGACAACAAUCAGUGGUCGGCAAACAUCCCCAUGUGCAUAUUCCCCUGUAUGUCCAACUUCACAGCCCCCGCAGGCACCGUCCUCUCCCCAGAUUACCCAGAAGGCUACGGGAACAACAUGAACUGCAUCUGGCUCAUCCAAUCUGAACCGGGUUCCAGAAUCCACUUGGCUUUUAAUGACUUUGACCUGGAGGCCCCGUACGAUGCCCUGACGCUGAAAGACGGCGAGACAAACGAGGCCGUCGUCAUCGGGAGGUUCUCGGGAGCCGAGAGUCCUUCUCACCUGACGUCCAACACCAACACGCUGAGGCUGGAGUUUCAGGCUGAUCACUCCAUGUCAGGGAGAGGAUUUAAUAUCACCUAUAGCACGUUUGGCCAUAACGAGUGCCCGGACCCUGGCAUCCCUAUCAACGCUCGUCGCUUCGGAGACAGCUUCCAGCUGGGCAGCUCCAUCUCCGUGGUCUGCGAGGACGGUUUCAUCAAAACCCAGGGAACCGAGACCAUCACCUGUCAGCUGGAAAGAGGGAAAGUCAUGUGGAGCGGGCCCAUCCCGAAAUGUGAAGCACCGUGUGGAGGCCACUUCUCAGCCCCGACUGGAGUGAUUUUGUCUCCCGGGUGGCCUGGUUACUACAAAGACUCCCUCAGCUGUGAGUGGGUGAUUGAAUCAGAGCCUGGACGCUCCAUCAAAAUCACAUUUGACAGGUUCCAGACAGAGCUGGGCUAUGACUUCCUGGAGAUCCACGACGGGCCCAACCUCCUGUCCCCGCUGGUCGGCUCCUUCAACGGAACCCAGGUGCCCCAGUUCCUGUUCAGCAGCAGCAACUUUCUGUACCUGCUGUUUACCACCGAUAACAGCCGGUCAAACGCUGGAUUCAAGAUAAUAUAUGAAAGCGUGACGGUGGACAGCUACUCCUGUCUGGACCCUGGUAUUCCGGUCAAUGGUAUUCGCUACGGACAGGAUUUCUCCAUCGGCUCCACGGUGUCAUUUGGCUGUGACUCAGGCUACAGACUCAGCCACGAGGAGCCGCUGGUGUGUGAGAAGAACCACUGGUGGAGCCACGCUCUGCCCACGUGCGAUGCGCUGUGUGGCGGAGAUGUGAGGGGUCCCUGGGGUACCAUCCUUAGUCCCGGCUAUCCAGACAGCUACCCUUCAUCUCUCAACUGUACCUGGACUGUUGAAGUCAGCCACGGGAAAGGAGUCCAGUUUCAGUUCAACUCCUUUCAUCUGGAGGACCAGCAUGAUUACCUCCUGGUUACCGAGAACGGGAGUUUCCUUCAACCGCUGGCUCGCCUGACUGGCAACGAGUUGCCUAGCAACAUCAAUGCCGGUCUCUAUGGCAACUUCAAAGCUCAGCUGCGAUUCGUCUCUGACUUUUCCAUCUCGUACGAAGGCUUCAACAUAACUUUCUCCGAAUACACCUUGGAGCCGUGCGAGGACCCCGGCAUGCCUCGCUUCGGCCGGAGGACCGGCUACAGCUUCGGUGUAGGCGACACGUUGUCUUUUUCCUGCAAUGUGGGCUAUCGGCUGGAGGGGGCGCUAGAGUUAAUCUGUCUGGGCGGUGGGCGGAGAAUGUGGAGCACUCCUCUCCCAAGAUGUGUCGCGGAGUGCGGCUCCUCCGUCAUAAACAACGAAGGGAUCCUUCUCUCACCGAACUACCCGAUGAACUACGACAACAACCACGAGUGCAUCUAUAGCAUCCAGGUGCAAGCUGGGAAAGGCAUCAACAUCUCUGCCAGAACCUUUCAUCUCGCCCAAGGGGAUAUACUCAAGAUUUACGAUGGCAAAGACAACGCAGCCCAUGUUCUCGGAGCGUUCACGGGAACGUCCAUGUUGGGCCUGACGUUGAUUUCCACUUCAAACCAUCUCUGGCUGGAGUUUUACACUGAUCCAGAAAGUGCGGGGGAAGGAUUCAAACUGGUAUAUUCAAGUUUUGAAUUGUCUCACUGUGAGGACCCGGGCAUCCCUCAGUUUGGCUUCAAGGUCAACGACCAAGGUCAUUUCUCUGGGAGCAGCAUCACGUACAGAUGUGAGCCCGGAUACACUCUGCACGGAGCUACCACACUGAAGUGUAUGACGGGGGAGAGGAGAGCCUGGGACAACCCCCUGCCUUCCUGUAUCGCGGAGUGCGGAGGUCGUUUUAAGGGCGAGUCUUCCGGUAGGAUUCUUUCACCUGGAUACCCGUUUCCCUACGACAAUAAUCUGCGCUGCACCUGGACCAUUGAGGUGGACUCGGGAAAUAUUGUGAGUCUUCAGUUGUUGGCCUUCGACACAGAGGCCAGCCAUGACAUGCUGAAGGUCUGGGACGGGCCGCCUGAAAACGAGAUGUCUCUGUCAGAGAUCAGCGGGUCCCUGCUCCCCGGGAGGAUUCACUCCACACUGAACACGGUCACCGUCCAGUUCGAAACCGAUUUCUACAUCAGCAAGUCGGGAUUCGCAAUCCAGUUCUCCAGCUCGGUGGCCACGGCCUGCAGGGACCCCGGCGUACCGAUGAAUGGCAGUCGGAGCGGAGAUGGCCGUGAGCCGGGGGACUCCGUGUCCUUUCAGUGUGACCCGGGAUACGAGCUCCAGGGGGACGACAAAAUCACCUGUAUACAAGUGGAUAACAGAUACUACUGGCAGCCCAGCCCGCCUGUCUGCAUCGCUCCCUGUGGAGGAAACCUAACAGGCUCCAAUGGGUUUAUUCUCUCCCCUAACUACCCACAUCCCUACCCUCACUCCAAGGACUGCGAUUGGCUCAUCGCCGUCAACUCUGACUACGUGUUGUCGCUGGCCUUCAUCAGUUUCAACAUCGAGCCAAACUAUGACUUUGUGUAUAUCUAUGACGGCCCGGAUAGCAACAGCCCUCUGAUUGGUAGCUUCCAGGACAGCAAACUCCCAGAGCGGAUAGAGAGCAGUUCAAAUACCAUGCAUUUAGCAUUCCGCAGUGAUGGGUCUGUGUCUUACACGGGCUUCCACCUGGAAUACAAAGCCAAACUGAGGGAAUCGUGCUUCGACCCAGGUGUGGUUCUGAAUGGAACCAGGCUGGGAUCGGAUUACAAGCUGGGCUCCACGGUCACCUUCUACUGUGAAGCAGGAUAUGUUCUGCAGGGCUACUCUACUUUGACCUGCAGUAUGGGAGAUGAUGGCCGACCUGGAUGGAACAGGGCACUGCCUAGUUGUCAAGCGCCCUGUGGAAGUCGUUCUACGGGAUCAGAUGGGACCGUUUUAUCUCCUAAUUUCCCCAGGAACUACACCUCUGGUCAGACGUGUAUCUACUCCAUAGCUGUACCCAGAGAGUUCGUGCUCUUUGGUCAGUUUGUGAUGUUCCAGACAUCUUUAAACGAUGUGGUAGAGAUCUAUGAUGGGCCCACCCAACAGAACACACUGCUAUCUUCACUGUCUGGAUCCCACUCUGGUGAGUCCCUCCCUCUGAGUUCGGCAAACCAGAUCACCAUAAAGUUUACCACAGUCGGAUCGGAAACUGCCAAAGGAUUCCACUUCGUCUACCAAGCGGUACCAAGGACCAGUUCCACCCAGUGCAGUUCGGUCCCAGAGCCUCGUUUUGGGAGACGGCUCGGCAACGACUUCGCAGUGGGCGCCAUGGUGCAGUUUGAGUGCAACCCUGGUUAUGUCCUUCACGGCUCCACCGCCAUCCGCUGUGAGAGCGUCCCAGACAACCUGGCCCAAUGGAACGACACCCUGCCAACAUGUAUAGUUCCCUGUGGGGGUGCAUUGACCUUUCGUCGCGGGACCAUCCUGUCACCUGGCUAUCCGGAGCCGUAUGACAACAACCAGAACUGUGUUUGGAAGGUCUCCGUUCCAGAGGGGGCUGGAAUACAGAUACAAGUGGUGAGUUUUGCCACUGAGCACAACUGGGACUCCCUGGAUUUUUACGACGGCGCAGACAACCAUGCACCACGACUGGGCAGCUACUCUGGCACCACCAUCCCCCCCCUCCUGAACAGUACAUCCAACAACCUCUAUCUCAGCUUCAGCUCGGAUAUCAGUGUCUCAGCUGCUGGGUUUCACCUGGAAUAUACAGCUAUUGGGCUGGAGUCGUGCCCAGAGCCUCAGACUCCGAACUACGGAAUUAGACAAGGAGACAGAUUCAUGGUCGGAGAUGUUGUGCAGUUUUCGUGUGAACAAGGAUACUCUCUUCAGGGCAACGCACAUAUUACCUGCAUGCCUGGUCCUGUUAGAAGAUGGAACUACCCUGUACCACUUUGUCUCGCCCAGUGCGGUGGGUCCAUGACAGAUGUAAGUGGAGUGAUUCUAAGUCCCGGUUACCCAGGCAACUACCCCAGUGGAUUAGACUGCACAUGGACAGUCAACUUACCUGUCGGCUUCGGCAUCCAUCUCCAGUUCCUGAACUUCUCCACCGAAGCGAUCCACGAUUACUUGGAGAUCCGCAGUGGAACGCUGGAGACGGGCUCGGUCAUCGACAGGUUCAGCGGCCCGGUGAUCCCCAAAGCUCUGUUCAGCACCACCCACCAGACCAGCUUCUUCUUCCACAGCGACUACUCACAGAACAAGCCGGGCUUCCAUAUCACAUAUCAAGCCUAUCAGCUCCAGAGCUGCCCGGACCCCCGGCCUUUUCGAAACGGCAUCGUGAUCGGCACGGACUUCAGUGUGGGGAUGACGGUGUCGUUUGAAUGUCUGCCCGGCUACUCUCUGAUCGGAGAUGCUUCGCUCACGUGUUUACACGGAAUCAGCAGGAACUGGAACCACCCGCUGCCACGAUGUGAAGCUCUCUGUGGUGGGAACAUCACGUCAUUAAAUGGAACCAUUUACUCUCCCGGUCACCCGGAGGAAUACCCCAACUUCCAGGACUGCGUGUGGAGCGUGAGGGUUCCGCCCGGACACGGGAUCUACAUCAACUUCACCGUGCUGAGCACCGAGCCAAUAUACGACUACAUCACCGUGUGGGACGGUCCAGACCAGUCCUCUCCUCAGAUCGGCCAGUUCAGUGGGAACACAGCUUUGGAGUCGGUCUACUCCACCUCCAACAUCAUCCUCAUCAAGUUCCACUCGGACUUCUCUGGAGCUGGCUUCUUUGUCUUAAGCUACCACGCCUACCAAUUAAGGGUUUGUCAGCCUCCUCCAGAAGUGGCCAGCGCUGACGUACUGAUGGAGGACGGGGAGCUGGAGAUAGGUGACAUCAUCAGGUACCGAUGCCAGCCUGGCUUCUCAUUGGUCGGCAGCGAGAUUCUCACCUGUCGCCUUGGAGAGAGACUGCAGAUGGAUGCCCCUCCUCCAACAUGCCAAGUCCAAUGCCCGGCACACGACGUGAGGUACGACUCAUCAGGUGUCAUCCUGAGCCCCGGUUGGCCAGAAAGUUACCCCAAUCUCCAAAUGUGUUCGUGGAGCAUCACAGUAGAGAAAGGAUACAACGUCACCAUCACCUUCGAGAGCUUCCACACGGAGAGAGAGUUCGAUGUGCUGGAGAUAUUUGAUGGCUCCACACCGAACAGUCCCACUCUGGCCACGCUGAGCGGCGACCUGCCCACACCCUUCAACCUCACCACCUCCGGCCACCAGUUCCUGGUCCGCUGGUCCUCAGACCACGGCACGAACAAGAAAGGCUUCAAAAUGCGCUAUGUUGCCCUGUACUGCUCCACGCCCGACUCCCCCCUCCACGGCUCCAUCUCCUCUCAGAGCGGCGGCCACAUCAACAGCGUGGUGCGCUGGGCCUGUGACCGUGGAUACCGUCUCAUUGGCAACGCCACGGCGACCUGCCGACGCUCAUCGCUCGGCAACCACGCGUGGGACUCUCCUGUCCCAGCGUGUCAAGCGGUUUCGUGCGGGGCGCCCAAGUCUCCAACGAACGGCGGCACUUUAACGGCCGACUACUCCGUCGGAACGAGAGUCUCCUACUUCUGCAACGACGGGUACAGACUCUCCAGCAAGGAGCUGACGUCGGCCAUCUGUCAGCCCGACGGAACGUGGAGCAACCACAAUAAGAUACCGCGGUGUUCUGUGGUGGUAUGUCCCAGCAUCGGGUCGUUCUCUCUGGAGCACGGCCGCUGGAGGAUCGUCAACGGCUCGCACUAUGAAUACAGGACGCGAAUCGUGUUCACCUGCGACCCGGGGUACUACCGAUUAGGCCCCGCCCACAUCCAGUGCCUGCCCACUGGCGUGUGGAGCUGGAGGAACGAGAGACCACACUGCCAGGUUAUCUCCUGCGGCGAGCUGCCAUCCCCGCCCAGCGGGAAGAAGAUCGGCACUCAGACCUCAUUCGGCGCCACGGCCAUCUUUACCUGCGAUGCUGGUUUCAUGCUGGUGGGCUCGGCCGUCAGAGAGUGCCUGUCCUCUGGGCUCUGGAGUGGAACGGAAACCAGAUGUUUAGCUGGCCACUGUGGAAUCCCAGAAGGCAUCGUGAACGGUCAGGUGAUCGGGGAGAACUUUGGUUACCGCGACACGGUCGUGUAUCAGUGUCUCCCCGGCUUCCGACUAAUAGGCUCAUCGGUUCGAAUCUGUCUCCAAGACAACCAGUGGUCUGGCCAUCUGCCCGUCUGCAUAUCGAUCAGCUGUGGCCAUCCAGGAAGUCCCAUAUAUGGUCGCACGGUGGGAAACGGCUUCAACCUCAACGACGGGGUCAGCUUCAUCUGCAACCGGGGUUAUGAAAUGGAGGGGCCUGCACGCGCUCAGUGCCAGGCUAACCGCCAGUGGAGCCACCCGCCCCCAACGUGUAAAGUGGUCAACUGCUCUGAUCCAGGCAUCCCGGCCAACUCCAUUCGACAGAGUAAAAUAGAGCACGGCAACUUCACCUUCGGCACCGUGGUGUUCUACGACUGCAACCCGGGGUAUUACCUGUUCGGGUCGCCUGUGUUGAGCUGUCAACCUACGGGACAGUGGGACAAACCCCUCCCCGAAUGUAUCGUCGUAGAUUGCGGCCAUCCCGGCUCUCCACCCAACGGCGUGCUCAACGGAGAGAAGUUUACAUUCGGUUCAACGGUUCGAUACUCCUGUCUGGGCGGGAGGCAGCUGAAAGGAGAGUCAUCCAGGACGUGUCAGCUCAGUGGGAUGUGGAGUGCCCCCAUGCCCUUCUGCUCCGGCGACACAGCUGGUUCCUGUGGCGAUCCCGGCAUCCCCUCCCAGGGUUCACGGGAACAGACGGAUUUCAGGAUCCGUUCCAAGGUCUACUUCAGCUGCUCGGAGGGCUACGAUCUGAUUGGCUCUUUGGAGAGGAUGUGCUUCCCCAACGGGACCUGGUCUGGCACGCAGCCCUUCUGUAAACCUGUCCAGUGUGGUAACCCUGGCACUCCCAGUAAUGGCAGAGUGUUUCGCUUGGACGGAACAACGUUUUCUCACUCCGUCAUCUACUCCUGCAUGGACGGCUACCUGCUCAAUGGCGCCACCACCAGGCAGUGUCAGGCCAACGGGACCUGGUCGGGAAUACAACCCAACUGCACCAUGAUAAACUGUGGGGAUCCCGGUGUGCCAGCGAACGGCCUCCGAUACGGAGAGGACUUCACGAUUGCUCAGAAUAUUUCCUUCCAGUGCCAACCGGGAUACAGGAUGGAGGAGGACGGAUCGGCAUUGAGGACGUGCACCCAAAACAGCACAUGGAGUGGGAACAUGCCGAUAUGUACAGCGGUGACCUGCCUGGCUCCCCCUGCCAUCAGUAACGGGGUACUGCAGGGCAGUGACUUUGAAUGGGGCAGCAGUGUGAGUUACAGUUGCUCGCCUGGAUAUGAGCUCUCAUUCCCAGCUGUCCUCACCUGCGUGGCCAACGGCACCUGGAGCGGCAUGCUGCCACAGUGCUUACCCAAGUUUUGCGGUGACCCAGGAACUCUAGUCGGUGGCUUCAGAGAGGGUCGGAGUUUCAUCUAUCAAUCAGAAGUGUCCUUCACCUGCGCUCCGCCCCUCAUUCUGGUCGGCACUGCAACCAGACUUUGUGAAAGUGACGGCGCCUGGAGCGGGACGCAGCCGCGCUGUAUCGAACCGACCAAAACCAGCUGUGAUAACCCGGGGACACCACGCUACGGCUCCUUAAACCGGACAUAUGGUUUCAAGGUGGGCAGUGUGGUAUCCUUCCUGUGCCAGCCAGGUCAUUUGAUUCAGGGCUCCUCCUCCAGAACCUGCCACCCUGAUCUGACAUGGAGCGGGACACAACCCGAGUGCAUACCCCACGCCUGUAAGCAGCCAGAGAGCCUGCUCCAUGUGGACGUGGUGGGAAUGGAUCUGCCUGGUUUUGGCUACACCCUGGUGUACAGCUGUCAGCAUGGCUUCUUCCUGGCGGGGGGCUCCGAGCACAGAGUCUGCAAGAACGACGGCACUUGGACCGGGAAGAUGCCUUUAUGUCGAGCCGGAGAGAAGAAGAAACCUGUGAAACCAGUGACGGGAACUCCCAGCCCCAAACUAAACGUUCCCGACGACGUCUUCGCUCCUAACUACGUAUGGAAAGGUUCCUACAAUUACCGCGGGAGGAAGCAGCCCAUGACACUGAGCAUCACCAGCUUCAACUCCACGACCGGGAGGGUCAACGUCACCCUCAGCAACGGCAACAUGGAGCUGCUCCUCUCAGGAGUGUAUAAGGCUUCUGAGGCCAGGCUGUUACUGCUGAUGUACCAGGUGAACUAUGCGAACCAGGGAAACCAGCAGAAGGACUCAGCCAUCACUCCAGCCAAGAUCAUUGAUGACUCCUGGACCAUGGAUGGAUUUGUCUCAGCAGAGCCUGAUGGUUCCAGUUAUGUAUUCCAGGGUUUCAUUCAGGGAAAAGACUACGGACAGUUUGGACUGCAAAGACUAGGUCUGAAUAUGUCGGAGAGUCAGAACUCACCUCCCCCCCAGCUUGGUACCAACAGCAGUUCGGUGGCUAUCGCUAUCCUGGUGCCUUUCUUCGCUCUGAUCUUCACUGGCUUCGGCUUCUAUCUCUACAAACAAAGAACCACACCAAAAACACAGUACACCGGCUGCUCAGUCCACGAAAACAACAACGGCCAGGCUGCCUUUGAGAACCCCAUGUACAACACCAACGCCAAGGCCGUGGAGGGCAAGGCCGUCAGAUUUGAUCCGAAUCUAAACACCGUCUGCACCAUGGUCUGAGGAUUGACCAUCCUCAUUUGAACUGAAUGAAUCAGAUAUCUAAUGGGACCACAAUCGGUACGAGGCUGCGGAGAGGGGGGGAGAAGCCCAGCGCUUCUUCUCACAACACGGCCUAUACUACGAUUCCAAAAAAGACCAUCAGUCCCAGUUUUGGCACCUUACCGCCCCGAGCCGAGGGGAAACUGUCCACCUGAAACCAAAACUCAGUGCCGGUUCCUUGCCAUUCCUCACCAAAAGAAUUUUGAGUCCACAGAUUGAAAUGUCCGCUGCCUUUGACAGAUGCAACACAGCCAGUGUGAACUCACAGUGAGAUGUGAUGUCCAACCCACUGGAGGAUUAGACUACCGGAACCCCAGGACUCUGCAGGUCAUGGAUAGGGUAUCCCUCGAUUCUGCACAGUCUUUAUAGUUUGAGCUCUCAUUCACAGGAAGUAACGAAGAAGCCACGUCCAACAAGUCGAACAUCACGACAUGUUUCCAGAGCCCUGUGCCGUGUUUUUUGUAUCUGACACUGGGCUGCGGAGAUGGGCGCUCACUCUCACCCUCUGUGACCGUUCGUCCUUUGCCUUGAGAAAGAGCGAGCACGUUCUCAGUGCUCUCCGGGCAUGGUUGUACAUCACAGAGACAUACUGCACCACAAAAGAUGGCUUGAUUUCAUUUAUAUCAUGUUGCCCCACCCCCCGGCCCCCCUCCCAGCUGUGCUGAACAACAUGAUGUGAAGUGGAUGUCACAGAUGACACUGUGAAGCGAAGAAAACUGCAGAGCACCAGUAAACCAGACCGACUCGUCUUGAACAGGAGACCCAGAAAGGAACACCUCCAUGAAAACCAGAGGCUGGCUACACCGGUCUCUUUUCUUUUUCUAUUACCAUGGAGGCUAAGCUGGCUAAUGCUAGCAGACACUUGCUUUGAAAAGAGACCAACUCCGAAGCAGAGGACGAGGGCGGCCCUGGAGACUGAGCUGUAAUCCUGACUGAACUGGGAUUAGAGCGAAGCAAAACAAAAAGAGUCUAAAGGGGGAACUGGUGUUGAUAUAACAAAUGAGAAGAGACUUGCUCAUCUCGUGGAUACACAGCUCAUUUUCUUCCAAUGGAUAAGAGAGGAGGCGGCGCUGGAGACCAGCCCCCUAACAGGACAAAAAGUCGAGUGAGGGAGUUAUCAUUGGAGAAGAUGAGAUCUCAUGAUCCCAACGCGGCCAAUCAGAGCCUGUCUAACCUGAAAUCAGUUACCGAGAGAGGUCGUCCCUUUGCAUAUUGAAUCAGAUCAGACAGAUUAUGGCCUUUGAGGAAUUAUGUUCCUGAUCCCGCGACUUGAAAUGGAUCCUGACGAGAAAAAAGACGCUGAGCGGAUACAGAGGACUCUGAUGGACUAACAAAGCAAAAGACUUUGACAAACAGAGGAAGCUCUGGCACUAAAGCACAUUUUACAGAAACACUACCUGUCUACUUGCCGAGAGAUGGAUUAACACAGGGACAGGAGGGUAGGUUAGAGAGAGUCUGAGCGGAAGACAGAAAAGAUGACAGGAAUGCACGUGAAUAACAAAUAAAAAAAAACUGAGAGCAGACAGGUGGGAUUACGUCCAACAGGAAAUCGACAGGUUCAACAAAAGACGAACAGGGUCUUAAUUAAAACUCUGCGGACUCCGUCGUCCAGUGUCUCCACAGGUUUAACUGUAGAUUUACAGGCCAACAGACACAGGCUGACAGACAGGAGACACUGACAGACAUACGUUGACCAGCAGGCGUAGAGAAAGACAAACAGGGUUCGGGCCCUUUUAUUGUGGAUGCAGCUCCACUGUUAUUCUGCACUCCGCGAGUGCUUAUCUUCUUUCUUUGUUAUUGCUGCAGAAUCUUCUGAUCUGUAAAUCUAUUGCAUAUAUAUUCGGGAGCAUUCACCACCUAUAUUUUUCUGCUAUAUAUUUACCACAGGGGAGGGGCUGAAGGGGAAAGACAGAUUAUAGCGGUUUAUAGAAAAAAAUGAAAGAAAGAAAUAUAAAGAUAAAAGAUAUGACAAAUAUGUGCCGUCCGCAGAAGUCACAAGCAGCGUUUUUGUUUCCUUUGUAACGCGGAGUUGGUUUAUUUUAAACUUCUUGUUUAACGUGCAGUUCCUCACAUGGUCACUGUCUUUCCCACUGAGGCGAUCACGAGUGUCAGUGGUGCUGUUGUCGUCAUUAUUGUUGAGAUGCAAGAUUUUGCCAGCAAACAAUCACGCUGUUAAAAGUUAAUGUCUCGUGCCGCAUUUUCCACAGGUGGCGAGGAUUUUGUCAAGCGUUCAUAGAUUGAGUUUGCGCUGCGGUUGCCAUUUGUCUGCCUCUUUACGUUGAGCUGCGGAUACACAGAAGUGUGAUUGUCACCAUUGUGUCACAGCUGUAUUCUGACCUAAUACAUAAACACUGUAAUGUAAUGAUAAAAUGUGGCCACAGAAAGUUGCAGAGAUGUCAACAACCCUCAGUGUUGUUCGGUAAACACAGAAACUCUACAUGACCGAACUCUCAUUUAGCUGCAACUCUGAUUGACGUUGUUUUUUUCCACUGAAUCUCAAUGGUCUAUUGUAAUUGCAAGAAUCCUCCUAAUAUUAAAGGUUCAGUGUGUAGACUUUAGUGACAUCUAGUGGUGAAAUUGCAUGUUGCACCUGAAUACCCCUCACAUCACCCUCCACCUUCCAAACAUGAAGGAGCACAACUGGUAGCCUUCAGUUGUCAUACAAACUGAAAAGGUUUAGUUUGUCCAGUUUGGGCUACUGUAAAAAAAAACAUGGUGGUCCCGAUGUGGAUAUAAAGUAUUUAAAUAUAAAAGACCCAAUCUAGGAUAAAGACAACAAAAAUGUGUAUAGUUUAGAUUAAACACACUAGUGAAAACACCACUAGGAUUAUUUUAUAUUCAAUUUCUGACAAUAUAUCCCUUUCACCUAAAUCUAACACACUGAACCUUUAUUGGUGAUAAUUGCUAGAAAACCAUCCAAAGUGUAAUUUGUGGAUGAUUCGACUAACGAUCUUGUUUAGUUGCUUAAUGUACAAGUUUACCAGUUGUUCAUAAAACCUCAAAAAGACGAGGGGUCUGUCAAUUUCACCCUGAGGUUGUUUAUCAUUGACUUUUGAUUUUCAAGCUUCCUCCUGUGUUGAACCUGUGUUUGGUCUCUCAAAUCAAUACUGACCUGUCAGAGAUCAGUCGAAUUCUAAUUUCCCUUCGUACUGAAAUCCCCGUCAAUCAUAAACCGGCAUCCUCCAUUUACCAUCCUUUCAUUUUAGAUUUAAGAGAAAGUAUUCUACCUGUGGCACGUCCACGGCGUUGCACACUAGUUUGUGUAAUAACAACAGAUAGAUUUCUGUGAUUCCAGUGUUUUGUGUGUUGUACUUCAAAAGCUAAAAGAACUUGAAUCUAAUUUGUUUGAGAAACAUUAGCUUUUAGACGAACUGGCCACAAUCUUAAGAUUUCAACUUAACAAUUGAGUCAAUUCAUAAACAGCCGAGUCCAUUGAGACAUUCCUUUGCUUUUACUCUUUUAAAUUUCAUAUAAAGAUGGCCUUAUGAUCUCAGCUCAUUGUCCCUGGCUGGUAUACGUUUUCAAAUCUGAUCUGCCACAUACUCUGAAAGUAUAUAUAUAUAUAAAUACAAAUACAUACAGGCAUUUUAUUUUGAUCUGGCAGCCUCUGGAUGCUGUUGUUGCACAUGUAGUUUGGCCUUUCUGGUGGUUUCAUGUGACCGUUAAUGAAUCAGUUAAAAAGUAACCUGUUUUAUUUUUGUGUUAAAUCAUUGACAACAUCCAUACAGUAUAAUAUUUUAUUAUUUUAAGGAUUGGUCCUCGAAAUGCAGCUUAUAUUCUACCUAAAUGUCUAUUUAAUUGUUCUCUAACGUGACAGGAAAACGCGUAUCGAUGAGCAUGAGUUUUCAUGUUUUUAAAAAAGUAUUUUAUUCUGUAUUGAAGAGUGGAGUAAGGGAAUCCAUCGAGUGAGCUUGGACCCCAACACGUGAUGAAUACCAAUAGCUUUUGGCACCAUUGUGUGAGCGAUACUUUGAUUUCCAGACCCCCUGCUGUUGUGGCCACUGGCACCAACUGCAACCAGCUGCCAGAAAAAGAAAAAACUCAUCUUUAAAGUCAUAUUGGAUUUAAAUAAUGAAUGCGGCUUCUUUGUUUAUCCACGCUGCAACUGUCCCGCUCUGUAUCACCAUGGUGACAUUGUUCCUUAUUACGGUCUGGAUUGAUUGUUGCUGCUGUUGUUGUCGUUGUUGUUAUUGCUGUGUUUUUUGUUUGUUUGUUUUCUUCUUUUUAUUUUCGGUAUGGAUCUGACACAGUGCCUACCAAAAACCAUGGGACCCUCCCUGUCAUCUACACACACACACACACACACACACACACACACA